AUGGCCAGCUCAGAGAAGAGCUUCUUUAUUUACAAACAAAACCCACCCCCCGCCCUCAUCCCCCCCCUCCUCCCCGUCCCGCCCUCCCUCCCAACGCCGCACAGGGGCGGCCCCGCGCAUGCGCGCAGCACCCACCGGCUGGUGGCGGAGGCCUCGGCAGCGCUGGCGGAGGCGGCGGGAGCGGCGGCGGGCGGCGAGGGCCGCGCCCGGGUGGGGCUGUGCCUGCUGUGCGGGCUGCCGGCGGCCGGCAAGACCAGCCUGGCCCGCGGGCUGUGCCGCCGGCUGCCGCGCCGGGCGGGCUGGACCUGCGCCCGCCUCGCCUACGACCAGCUGAUCCCCGCCGAGGCCUGCGCGCCGCGCCCCGCCGGGCCGCUCCCAUUGCUGCCCUCCUGGAAGCGGAGCCGGCGGGACCUGCUGCGGUGCCUGGAGAGCGUCCUGCGGGCCCUGCUCACCGGGGAGCCGCCCGCCGCCCCCGCCGCCGUCGCCCGGGCCGCCUGGGAGCGCGUCCUGGCCUGCUGCCGCGGGCAGGGGCUGCUGGGCGCCGCCACCGGGCCGCUCUGCCUCCUCCUGGACGACAACUUCUAUUACCGGAGCAUGAGAUACGAGGUGUACCAGCUGGCUCGCAAAUAUUCCUUGAGCUUCUGCCAGGUGUUUUUAGAGUGUCCCCUGGAAUGCUGCUUGCAGAGGAAUCGCCUGAGGAGUCAUCCCGUACCUGAUCAGACAAUACAGCUGAUGGCAACAAAAAUAGAAGUGCCAGAUGCCAAGAAAAACCCCUGGGAAAGGAACAGCCUCAUUCUGAAGAGUUUGGGUUGCACUCCAGAGGAUGAUGAACAGAUAGUUAGGUUGCUGGCCACUGCUCUGGAAAAUCCAGUGAAGCAAAACGAAGAAGACACUGAGCAAAAGGAAGCAGACCGAGCCAUCUGUGCAGCCAGUGCUGUCCACCAGGCUGAUCAGACCUGCAGACGCCUCAUCUCUCAGGCAAUGAGGGAUGCAAGAGACAAAAACCUGCUCCCAAGUGAGAUGAAGAGCCUGGCAGAAGAACUCAACAAGCUGAAAGCUGAAUUUUUGGAAGACUUGCGGCAAGGAGACACUUGGACAAGACAAACCAACACACAAAAUCAAGAUUCUGACCCUGCUACAACUGAGAUUUCUUCAUUCCAACGUGAGGCAGCCAAUGUAGUCAAUAAAUACAUUUUUAAAUAAUCACA